CUGGGCUCACUGCUUCAGCCUGCCUUGUGACUCUGAGUCUCCCAUGUUCUGUUGUCUAAAACGACUUUUACUAAAUGCUUGUUAAAACAGGUCUUGCAUAAAUCUGAUUUGGUGGAGUUGAAGCUUUCCUUUAGUUUGGGGCCAUGGAGAACUUGGAGAAGCAGCUCAUUUGUCCCAUUUGCCUGGAAAUGUUUACGAAACCUGUUGUCAUCUUACCCUGCCAGCACAACCUUUGCAGAAAGUGUGCCAAUGAUGUUUUCCAG